UCGCUAGUAUCAUCAGCAGUUCUUCGCUGUCCUGUCCCCCAGUUCUGAAAUCCAGGAACUGCUGUGCAGUCAGCAGCCAUGAAUCGGCUCGGUGCGCUGUUGAUUUUACCAGUUUUACUGGAAUCAGUGGUAUCAAUUUCUUUCUUUCUACCGGUCAACACAAGGAAAUGUCUACGGGAAGAAAUCCACAAAGAUGUGCUUGUAACAGGAGAGUAUGAAAUUAGUGAACAACAGAGCACGAAAACUAACCUGAAGAUCACGGAUUCCUCAGGCCAUAUUCUUUAUUCUAAAGAAGAUGCCACAAAGGGAAAAUUCGCCUUCACCACAGAGGAUUACGACAUGCUUGAAGCUUGUUUUGACAGCAAAUCCCCAAUGGGAACUGGGAGGGUCCCUGAUCAGCUGGUCAACUUGGACAUGAAGCAUGGUGUGGAGGCAAAGAAUUACGAGGAGAUUGCCAAAGUGGAGAAGCUGAAACCAUUGGAGGUCGAGCUGAGGCGACUGGAAGAUCUGUCGGAGUCCAUUGUCAAUGAUUUUGCAUAUAUGAAGAAAAGAGAGGAGGAGAUGAGGGAUACCAAUGAAUCCACCAACACACGCGUCCUGUACUUCAGCAUAUUCUCCAUGUGCUGCUUGAUUGGGCUUGCCACCUGGCAGGUGUUCUACCUGCGCCGCUUUUUCAAGGCCAAGAAGCUCAUUGAGUAGAGUGAGACUGGUUUUGCUCAGGGGAUCCAAAUAUCCCUCCACCCCCCCCUGCACCCGGCUCCUUGGCUGGAGGAACGUUCCGGCAGUUGAGGGCUGGAGAGAAGGAGAAUUCUAGUUUCCAGGGGAACAGGAAUGCACUAUUGGUUGUUCUCCUACUGCAUAUUUUGGCGUUUUUUUUUUUUUUAUGUCUUCUUUCUCCACGCUAUGAUUCUGUUGUAGUAAGCCCUCAAACAUGUACAAACUCAUUUUAGUUAUUGCUACAGUUUUGCUGUUGGUAAAAAGACUCUUGGUGCAUAUUUGGUAUAAUUGAUAAGCUUGUUUUGUUUAGACAAGAUGUUCUCUUCAACUACUGAAUGUUUUUGUCUGACGGCAGAUUAAGUAACUCCUAGCUUUGGGUUUUGUUUUAAUCACUGUAAAUGAUUUGGGGCUCGCAUUGGGUUUCUUUGAGGUAUGGGAUUGACUAUUCUGUGACAACAACUUUUACCACAAUCAAGUUUGAGUUGCUUGUAGUAAAUUUAUCCUUGACAAGACGGGAUAUUGGUCUUGGGAUAUAGCCCACCCCCCAUUUAGUACCAUGCCAUGUAUUUGUAUGUUUUGUCAUUUGAGUUUUGAUAACAUUUGUAACCUGUUCUAAAAGUUUACGUACCACAAUUUACUGGUAAUGAACAUGUUAAUAUGAAAAAUGCCUAUAUUUUCAAAGGUGUUGUUCUUCCUGAAAUUUUUAUGGUUUCAGGAAACUGUACCCUGGAUAAAGUUUGGCUUGAACAAGUCAUCCAUGCUCUACUUUCCCAAAGUUGAGGCAUGGAUAGAGGAUAAAUGUUACACCAUUAAACUUAUUUCGGUUUUACUUCACAACAAAUUCCCUAGAAUCUACAAUUACAAGGUAUAUGACCGCUUAUUGGUAUAUUUACACUGAUGCACACAUCCCCAUUGUUUCUUGAAUUCUGUAAUUUGCAUUUUGAAUGUUGAAAAUGGGUUUUUCAUUCAAUAAAAAUUAAAAUUUGA